CACCGCCACCACUACCUCCACACCGCAGGCCCUCUUCUUUCUUUCUUUUAUUGUUUUUCUUACUCUGCUCAAGUAUUUGCACGUGAAUCCCCAAUAAUUUUUCAUGCACCAGUGGGUCCUUUAGCCAGCCCUUCCUCUUUUGUUCUCUUGCAAAACUCCAUCUCCCAAGAAUCUCCCCGUUCUCUUCUUUCUUUCUUUCUCUCCCACAUAUUCCCAGAUUUUUUUUCUCUCCUCCAUUUUUAUUUGCAACCCAUUUCUCAUCUUUCUUCAUUGUACUUAACAAUGGAAGAAGCAAGACCUGUUUUGCCACUGAAACAAGCUCUUCUUGUUCUUCUCCUCACUGUUGCUGCUAAUGGAGUUCAAUGUUUUCCAGAGAAGAAAGUCCUCAGCUUUCAGGAAUGGCAAUGGAAACAAGAGGGCUAUACUUCAAGUUGUCUCUCCCAGAAAUCAAAAUGGGAGAAGGGUGCAACAAUACUGGAAAUGAAGCACAGAGAUUCCUGCUCAGGAAAGAUUACUGACUGGAACAAGAAGCUACAGGAAAGCUUGAUUCUUGACAAGUUUAGAGUUCAAUCACUUCAAUCUCGAAUAAAAAAGAUUGUUUAUGACAACGUUAUAGAUUCUGUAGAUAGUCAAGUCCCAUUAGUUUCUGGUGUAAGACUUCAGACAUUGAACUACAUUGUUACAGUGGGUUUAGGCGGCCGAAACAUGACAGUUAUUGUAGACACAGGAAGUGAUUUAACAUGGGUUCAAUGUCAACCUUGCAACUUAUGUUAUAAUCAGCAAGGUCCUCUUUUCAACCCUUCAAUGUCCUCUUCAUACCAAAAAGUUUUAUGUAAUUCAUCAACUUGCCAAUCCCUGGAAUUUGCAACUGGGAAUUCAGGAGUCUGUGGAAGCAACCCACCAACCUGCAACUAUGUUGUUAACUAUGGUGAUGGGUCCUAUACCCGCGGCGAGCUCGGAACAGAGCAGCUCAAUUUAGGAACCACUCUUGUCAAUAAUUUCAUAUUUGGAUGUGGCAGGAAUAAUAAAGGUCUGUUUGGAGGGGCUUCAGGUCUUAUGGGAUUAGGGAGGAGUGAUCUUUCAUUGAUUUCUCAAUCUUCUGCAAUUUUUGGAGGAGUUUUUUCUUAUUGUUUGCCAAAUACUGCUGCCGAAGAUUCAGGCUCAUUAAUCUUGGGUGGAAAUUUUUCAGUUUACAAGAAUACAACUCCCAUUUCUUAUACUAAAAUGAUACCCAAUCCACAGCUACCCACCUUCUAUUUUCUCAACUUAACUGGUGUAAGUGUUGGUGGGGUGGCUUUACAAUCGCCAUCCUUUGGUCAAAGUGGAAUACUGAUUGAUUCAGGGACAGUGAUUACCAGGCUUCCUCCUUCAGUGUACAGGAUUCUGAAAGCAGAGUUUCUGAAACAAUUUUCUGGAUUUCCUUCUGCACCGCCAUUUUCGAUCUUGGAUGCUUGUUUUAACCUCAGCGGAUACCAAGAAGUUGAUAUUCCUACUGUAAAAUUGCAGUUUGAAGGAAAUGCUGAGCUGAAUGUUGAUGUAACUGGGAUUUUCUAUUUUGUGAAGACUGAUGCAUCUCAAGUCUGUCUAGCUCUUGCUAGUCUCUCAUUUGAAGAUGAGAUUCCCAUACUAGGAAAUUAUCAGCAGAGAAAUCAAAGGGUUAUAUAUAAUACCAAGGAGUUCAAGUUAGGAUUUGCUGCAGAAAUAUGCAGUUUCAACUGAGCAUAUUAUUGUGGUUGUGAGUAUAUUUCUCUGAUUCAAUUGCCAAUUUCUUAGUGUUGGCAGAGAAAUAGUAGAUCUGUAAUUUUCCUCAUUUUGUAUCACAUAUAAAUAGCUAUUGUGGUCCACUGGGGUAAGGUAUAGAAUAUGUAAAACCCUUUUCCUAUUUCUUAAGUGGGUGUACGUAUAUAUAUAUAUAUGCAUAUGCAUGUAUCUGUACGUAUUUAAUUUGCAGACCAUUAUACCUUGUACGUUCUUUUUG